AUGGAGCUUCCAGACUACCGAUCUCGCAGCAAUGCGGAGAACACUGUGUUCCCGGAUCUAAUGAACGACCCGGCUUAUGACGAAAGGGAAAAGGGAUUUGAUGACUUGGAUACCUGUCGGAUAUGUCAUGGCGAAGCAACGGAAGAGGAACCGCUGUUUUACCCGUGCAAGUGCAGCGGCAGUAUUAAAUUCGUUCACCAAGUAUGUUUGGUUGAAUGGUUGUCACACUCGCAGAAGAAACACUGCGAGCUCUGCAAAACGCCAUUCCGGUUUACCAAACUAUAUGACCCAAAUAUGCCCCAAAGCCUUCCCGUACCUUUGUUUGCGAAGCAAGCCUUGAUACAGUGCUUCCGAACUCUGGUGACAUGGCUGAGGUUUGUUCUCGUUGCAUUUGUCUGGUUGGGAUGGCUACCGUGGUCGAUGCGGGCAAUCUGGAGGGCACUUUUUUGGCUUGCUGAUGGCCGGUGGUCUGCCAAUGAAAACAUUCGAAACCAGGCCGCACAAACCGCCCAAGAUGGUCUAGGGCAACUAUUUUCAAAUGGAAGCGCUGCUGCGGUAGCUCACUCGAUUACUUCGACCAUUUCUAAUCCCGCUAUCUCAUCUGCUACUGCUGUACCAUCUGUUCGGUCGCCCGUUCUCAAUUUCACAGCUGGCGAGCCACUGAUGUUCACCCUCAUCAAGAAAAUGAUCCCUACUCUCUUCAUAUCCGCAUUUACCUCAACUGUUGGACAAGAAAACGCGCAUAACAAUGUCACGGCCAGCUCGACCAAACCUCGGUAUCCGUCGUGGCUUUCGGAUGUGAAGUUCCUGAACUCGUUGACACCGUAUCCAACAAUCAAUAACAUGAUCAUGGACACAUUGGAGGGACAACUCAUCACCCUUCUUGUAGUCGUUGCAUUUAUUCUACUCUUUCUGAUUCGAGAAUGGGUUGUUCAACAGCAACCCAUGGUAAACAUCGCAGAAGGAGAGCGCGAGGCUGCUCUUCAAUUGAUUGCAAAUGCCAACAAUCGGGUGAAUGAUCGAAUCAACGAAGAUGGUCUUGCACAACCAGAAGCCAUUCCGGCUCAACCAGAAAAUGAUCUCAACGCUGAACGGGCUGAAGCCCUUGAGUUGGACAAUGACACCCUUCCUCAUUUUGUCCCUCACUCUCCAGCUCCAUCUUCGAAUGAUUCGGAAUACGAUCUUCCUGGGUUUCAAGCGGAGCUACGACACUACAAUGGGAAUGAUCCGGAGUACGAAACAGGAGGCCAUCCUCCUACGGCUCGCGCUCUGGCUUUCCGAGACCUAGUGGCCCGAACCCAUGGUGACCAUGAAGAAAUGCUGCGAAUCCUCCGUGAAGAGGCUCAUGGUGACGAUCUGGACUGGAUUGUGAAUGCAAUCACCGGAAGCGCCAUGAACCGAGACCCAGCAGCAGCAGGGCCUUCUACUCGUCCACACAACCCCGAAGAUCCAGGAUUUGCACACAAUGUCGAUGUUAAUUUUGAACAUGGAAAUGUUGAUGAUCACAUACCUGAUACAGAUGCCGGACCUUCUACGCAGAACGUGGAUCAUAGUCCAUCGACUAGGGACGAUGACAUGCCUGUCCGCAAUGUACAAGUGGAUGAUCGCCCUCCACGGAGCCUCACUGAAAGGGUGUUUGAAUGGUUUUGGGGAGAUAUCACACCAGUAGAGCGCAAUAGAGACGAACCAGUUCACCAAGAUGAGGAACGCAUUGUUCAGGAUCCAGCCUUGGAAGAACCAUUCGUGCCUUUGCCAAAUCGGAUGGAACAAGUUCAACCAAAUGCUGCCGCUGAUGCUGCUGCUGCUGCUGCCGCCGCCGCAAAUGCCGGGCUGGACCCUAACGACAUCGAUGCAAUCGAAGGAGAUGAUUUCGAAGGGAUCAUGGACCUCAUUGGCAUGCAUGGUCCCAUUUUCGGGCUUUUCCAGAACGGCGUCUUCUGUGCCCUUUUAAUUGCGUUCACAGUAGCCAUCGGUAUCUGGCUCCCGUACCUAUGGGGUAAAAUUGCUCUUGUAUUGUUGGCCAACCCUCUCGAACUCGUCAUUGGUGUCCCUAUUACUGCAGUUGAGGUCGUCGCAGAUAUUGCUCUUGAUACUCUCAUUGGUGUCGUGGGAUAUCUCAUGUACUGGUUUAGCUUUGUCUUCAAGAUUGUGCUGAGCCCAUUCAGUGCUCUUUUACCGAUUGGUGAAUGGAUUCCCCGGGACAACUCGGUCACCAGUGCAUCGCUUUCCCUCAUCGAUGCAAGCAGUCACCGCUUGAACAAAGUGAUCAAAGCAUUUCUGGUCUUUCAUGAGUCUGAUAUCCCCAUGUUCUCAGUGCUCUCGCACCAGGCGCUCAAAUUACACCAGGCCCGCCUCGGUGCUGUGUUUCACUCGGUCUUUACCACUUUGAAGUUCAUCCUGCAUGACUUCCCACUUCGUCUUGUUACUCUCGGUGUCCCCGGUGCCCUGUCUUUGGACCUUGAUCUCUCCCAUGUCAAGAAUUUCAUUGGUCUAGCACAACAACAACUCGCCGCAUUCGCCAAAUCAUCACUUUUCUCAAUGCCUGGGACACGGUUAAUGAACGCAAGUGCAGCAAAAGCAGCCUCGGCCACAGUGCCUGUCGAUUAUGACCUGGCGGUCUGGGAUUCCAAGGAUCGUGUCAUCGCUAUUUUCAUGGGCUAUUUGCUGGCGUUCAUGACGGGGCUUCUCUAUCUACGGAUCACAGGGCUGCUUUCUGGUGCCAAUCGGGGACAAAGAAUCGAGGGUCUGCUUGCUGAGGUGCUGAUACAAGCUGGAGGAGUCAUGAAGGUCAUCCUCAUAAUCGGGAUUGAGAUGAUUGUCUUUCCAUUGUAUUGUGGCAGUCUUCUUGAUCUUGCUCUACUUCCUCUCUUCUCCGACGCUACUGUGGCCUCUCGUAUCGCCUUUACUGCUGCAUCCCCGCUCACUUCGCUUUUCGUGCAUUGGUUUGUUGGCACUUGUUACAUGUUCCACUUUGCCUUGUUUGUUUCAAUGUGCAGAAAGAUUCUGAGAAGUGGCGUGCUUUACUUUAUUCGUGACCCCGAUGAUCCAACCUUCCAUCCAAUACGUGAUGUUCUCGAACGCAGCAUCACUACCCAGCUCCGUAAGAUCGGGUUUAGUGCCCUUGUCUACGGUGCGCUAGUAAUCGUUUGUCUGGGCGGUGUCGUCUGGGGUUUGCACUUUGCCUUCGAUGGUGUUCUCCCAAUUCACUGGUCUGCCAGUGCCCCGAUGCUUGAGUUCCCGGUUGAUCUCCUAUUCUACAACUUCGUGUUGCCUGUAGUCCUUCAAUCAUUCAAACCUUCAGAAGGACUGCACGAUUUGUAUGACUGGUGGUUCCACAAGUGUGCGCACUUCCUGCGUCUCAGCAACUUUUUCUUCCCUGAGAGACACCUUGAAGAGGAAGGUUACCACGUCCGGAAGACCUGGUGGGGUAUUCUAUCUAGAACUGAGGGGGAUUGGGAACAUCCAAUAGUGGGAAUCGAUCAGCAGGCUGCAGCUGAACGGGAAAAUCGUGACGUCUACUUCUUGCGCGACGGUCGAUACGUGCGCGCCCCUGCCUCUGAUCAAGUACGCAUUCCCAAAGGCAACCACGUUUUCCUCGAAGUCACCGAGGACAAUGAACGCGUUGAUGGGAAGCCUGAUCCUGCAGAUGGGCUACAUGGCCGAUCCAGCAACAUGUUCACCAAAGUCUACAUCCCUCCCUCCUUCCGGACUCGGAUCGCCGCCUUUAUUCUUCUAAUCUGGCUGUUUGCCGCCACCACCGGGGUAGGCAUCACCAUUAUUCCCUUAGUCAUUGGUCGGAAGAUCAUCGGCUCCUACUCCUCUACUUCUGCUCCGGUGAACGACGUCUACGCCUUUUCAAGUGGUCUCUGUGUGGUCGGUGCGCUGGCCUACCUGGCGUACUACUCCAGCACCGCACUUGAAUUCGUGCGAGAGCAUUCAGGCACAUACCUUCGCUCUCCUCGCCAAGCAGCGCAAACUAGUCUAGGGCUCGCACUGGAUGCUGUUCGGCUUCUCUACGUUGUUCAAGUUGCUAUUAUCAUUCUACCGUCACUCUUCGCACUACUCACUGAACUAUACAUUCUAAUUCCAGCGCACACCCUCUUCGGCGAUGGAGAGUCGCAUGUUCUUCAUGUCGUUCAGGACUGGGCGCUCGGGGUGUUGUAUGUCCAAUUGGCCAUCAAGUUGACUUCUUGGCAUCCCCAUUCCUGGGUGGCCGCUGUGGUCAAGAGUGUCUUCCAAGAUGGUUGGCUGAAACCAAAUGCGGGCCUUGCCACUCGUGCCCUCGUUAUUCCAAUUAUUCUCUUCACUGCAGCUGCAGUGACCUUGCCCCUGUCGUUUGGGUUCGCUGUGCGCUGGACAAUUUUCUACUCCCACGUAGGAGUGUACCCUAAUGUUUACCGUUAUGCUUAUCCCAUCACACUGUUAGCCUUACUGGCUGUAUGGAUAGCGCAUCUACUGCUGAGACGAGUGGCGGUCUGGCGCACCAACAUCCGCGACGAAGUCUAUCUCAUUGGAGAGAGACUGCAUAAUUUCAGUGAGAAACGAGCACGGGAUGUCGGUGUGUCGCGUGUGAUGACGGGGUGA